AUGUGGCAUCGUCAGAAGAAGCCCCAGAACGAAGAGAAUUCUGUGCCAACCGUACCCGUGAAGCACUCCCAGCCUCCGGCCAUACCUCCAAAGUCAGGCGAGAAGAAGUCGAUCACGAAACGAAUAUUGAAGUUCAGCGGAUUAACUUCCAACAACAACAAUUCGGAUGGAAAACUCUCGUCGUCCGAACUGAAGCGCCUGGAGGAAACCAAAAAUCGACUGUUCAAGAGUAAGUUACAGUACUGUUAGAUUGUUUAGUGUUCAGGUGUCUACAGGGGUUUUGGGCAUGUCUACUAGGGAUUUUGAAAGUACAUAUAUUAGUAUACAUUAUAUGUUACUACUCAACAUACAUUAUGGUAAAUGUAUUAGGAAAAGUACAGUAUUAGGAGUUCACAAAAGUUUUGUCGUUUAAAACUUAGCAAAACAAUACAAACCAACGACAGAACUUUUGUUUUACGUUGAUAAUUCAUGUUUUAUACAGUUCUAUAGACUUUUUGACCAAGUUCUUUUCUCAAAAAGUUGGCUCACCAUAAUAACCAAAACAAUUGUGAUAUACUGUUUCCAAAGCACAUCUACUGUAUUAUUAUAUCCUUAAAUUGAUACAGUCGGAAUGACCACUGACUCACGCUCAAUACGGCUUUUGUGACGCACCGUUCCUCGUUUUUGUACAUUUUGAAGAAAUUCUCUUUCCCGUGAGCGUCGCUCUUCCUGCAGCGACGAAAGAGAGCGGCUACAGAAGCAGAAGGAAGAAGGCGCGAUCGAGGCGAGGUCAUCGAAUCUGUUUUUUACCCAAAAUAACAUUGAUAUAACCGGGUUAAGUGUGAUUCUAAGCGGUGGGGUUAUGGAGGUUUCAAUUAUUUUCUGGGGGUGUUUUGGGCUUGGGAAAUUGUGUUUUUAAGGGGAUUGUUUAGGCUUAAUUGUGAUUUUUGUUUGGAAAAAGUAGGCUUGAUUUGGCUUUAAUUUUAGGGUAUAUUUUGAAUUUUAAAUUUAUUUUUAAAUUGAUAAAGAGAUAAAAAAAAUAAUUGUCUUCAGUUUUAAAAAUGAUUUUUUGUUCAAAAAGUUCAUAGAAUCUACAUAUUUUACCUUUUUUAAUGAUUUUUCAAACUUUUCUGAUUAAGAUAUUGUUCUCUAAGACUAUAUUUAUUUGUUAUACACGUAUUUUUGUUUGUUUUUAGUAUCUUACUCUAGCUUUGUUACAAAAUAUUUAUGAAUUUGUACAUUUUCUUAUCUAUUUUAGGUCCAAAAAGUCCCACCAAGGGUUCUGAUGAGCCUUUACGAUCUCCACUGAAGACGUUGACAACUUCGCCCAAUCUGAUUAGUCAACCAUCGUCAAGUUCGACCAGUCCACGAUCAGAUAUGUCAUCUGAUGUUACCUACGUUCUACCAAAAACGUUUAACAUUCCCAAUUUGAGCCUGCCAGCGUUGGCUUCAGUUCAGGUCAAAGCUCGAGAUGUCGUUCUACAUCGGAAUGUAGCUGGUGGGUUUAUAUAAAUUUUGAAUGAGUUUAGACGUUUUAGGUUAUCUUGCUAUUAAAAGCGUAUUUUAGGCAGUGUUGGCUAAGUUUUCUUUAGUACUAUCUUUAGCCUAGUCUAUGACUUUGAAAGUAUAAAGAUAAAGCAUUUUAGGAGAUUUUGGCUUCACGAUUCGUCGAAUCCAAUACCCAAUAACAACUGAGAAUGGCACAGAAAUGUCGCAUCUGAUCUUUGCUGAACCAGUGGACCACCUUAAUGGUCCUCCUCGACCGGGUGACCUUUUGAACGGUCUUCUGCCUGGCGAUCAACUCCUAGAAGUCGAAGGGUACGAUGUCAACAAACUGAAGCGUGACGAUCUUCUGAAGCUGAUCCAAGAAGCUGGUCAGAGCAUCCGACUUCGAGUACAAGUUGUACCAGAAUUGGCUGAACUGGCUUCCAAGUCAGGUGGUGAUGAGUUACAUCUUAUCAGCAAUGUCAAGGAUGCUGAUAUCAGUGGGAUUUCAGAGGACAAACGCUACUGGCUGAUACACUCCAAUGGCUACAGUCUUGUUGAGCUACUGGCUCAACAAGAAGAUGGUUUAGUCAAAAUAAAUGUGUCCGGCCAGGAAAUGACAGUAGACGCAUCUGACCUGGACAAAGCCAAUCCAGUCCAGUUCGACCGUGCCAAUGACAUCGUGGCUCUGAGGAAUCUGAAUGAGACUUCUGCCAUUCAUUUACUGCGUAAUAGACUUGGCAGCGGACUACAGUAUACUGCAGCUGGGGUUAGGAAUCUGGUUUAUUUGGCUAGCCAAACUCAAGAAACCAAGGGAUUCAACCAAGAUCUGAUAAGGAUGUUCAAAGGAUGUAGAAGAAGUCAGCUACCUGCUCAUAUAUUCACCAUGGCUCAACAGGUCUACAGACAGAUUCAGAUCACUUCGAAGCCUCAGGCUGUCAUACUGAAUGGUGCUUCUGGUACUGGAAAGUCUCAGCAAAUCAGAAGUUUCAUCGAGUUUUUGUGUGGAUCUGCUGGCUGGACUAAGAAAUUGACUUGUAGGUUGUUUUGACUUGGUACUAUGAUAUUACUAUUGACAUGAUGAUUAUGUCAAUAGCAAUAGUAAUUAUGACAUAUGUAAAAUAAUUUUAAAAAUGGAUAAAAUUGUAUUUUAGACGAAGAAAUAUCGUUGGCAAUUGGAAUUUUAGAAGCUUUCGGUAACUGUUCUACUGAAUUGAACCAGAAUUCAUCAAGAUUUGUACAGUAUAUUACUCUAGGCUUCGAUACGACGAGUGCUUUGAAGUGAGUGUCAUCUUUUUUUAAAUUCAACUUGAUUUUAUCUCAUUAUGGCCCUUUUCUUGAUUGUAAGCAAAAUAAAAAUUAUCUAUUCAGCUCCGCGCGGAUUCAAACUUUAUUCUUGGACCUCGAGAAGAUAACGUCACGCAAGCCCACAGAAUCCACUUUCCAUAUCUUCUACUAUCUUUGGGAGGGUGUAGAUAGCACCACCUUCGAUUCCCUAGGCUUUUCAUUAAUCGACCGACCAUUUUUCGAAGAAAAUCUAUCAGAAACUGAUCGAAUCGCGGCCAAAGAAGCCUUCCAACGAGUUCUGGAAGCAUUCAGAAGUCUGAAUUUCACGCAAAAUCAAAUUGAAGGUGUGCAGAAGGUAUUGGCAAGUAUUCUACACUUGCUAUACUCUGGAGCUCAAGGCAAUUUGGCUACGAAGUCAGCGUUUACACGACACAGUAAUGCGGAGAAAGCCGCCGAUUUGCUGGGAAUCAGCUAUGAACAACUGAAUCUGGCUGUCUUCAAAGGGUCACAGAACUUUGAUUCUUCAAGGUGAGACUAUAUUGUACAGUACAGACACUAUAAAACGUAUUUUUAAUACAAAGCUUUGUUUUUAUUAAGAAUGCCACUUCUUAAGACCAGAAUAGGUUUUGUUACCUAUCAAUUAUACUCUUUCAGUCGCUACAACCUGGUGAACCAAUCAGGCCACGAAGCGUUGGUAUCGUUCGUCCAAGUACUCUACAGUGAACUAUUCUCGGCCAUAUCAACUCAAAUCAACAAGUAUUUAAACAAACAAUCGCCCUUUACAACAAUAUCUCUACUUGAUGUACCUGGCUCUACCUUCCAUGCCAAUGUUAGUGAACCAGCUGAUUUGAGUGAUUUUACCUACAAUUACUUUAAUGAAAGGAUCUCUGAGUUGUUUUACAAAGUCAGCUUCAAGAAUCCAGUUGAGUUGUAUCAAAGGGAGAAGGUCGAUGUUGAGGUAGAGAAGCCGUUGAGCAAUCCUGGUCAUGUUACUCGGCUGUUUGAUAGGAAACAACAACUUGUAAGUUGAUUUUAAGAGAUAAUUUGGUAGAAGGGGUUUUAUAAUAUAACUUUAUUUGUAUAAAUUGGUCAUCAUUAUUAAGGCUAGCCUUUAGUCAAUAAAAUCUAAACGUAUUUCAGCUCAACUCAGCGGACGUGGACCGUCGUAGCGAAGAACCUCGAGGCAUAUUCUACGUUUUGGAAGAAGAAUCCGUGUUUCCAGGAGCCAAUGAACAGUCCUUGAUAGAGAGGAUCUUUAUGCACACAGAGGAAAGGUUGGUAAAGCGGUCUCCAAAGGAUCGACUACAGUUUUGUGUAGCUCAUGCGAUGAAUCAAUGUACGGUGAGCUACAAAGUGACCGACUGGUUGAAGAAAGUGAAGCCAACAGGAGCCAUGUUGAGCUUGAGUCAAGUGCUACAGAAUACUGCCAGGUAGGGUUUUAUGGGGGUGAUUAGGGGUGAUAAGCUGAGAGAUAAGGUCCUUCACCUUUAAGAGCUUUUCAGUGUAAAACGCAUAAUUUAUUACUUUACUUUAUGGUGUAUGUCGGGUUAAGUUUUUCAAAUCUUAAAAAUAUGCAAAUUUAUGAAAAAUUGAAGGUCAUAGUAGUUUUAAACUGAAUAAAACAAUGCUUAAAUCAAAGACUCCUUUCUCAUAUUACUAUUAUAUAAAAAUGCCCCGCGGCUACUAUGCUUGCUGGAAGGAAUAAAACUUAAUUUGAACAGAUUUCGGGGGAGGAACAUCAAAGCUAACUUAAUAUCUAAAUAGCUGUUUGUACAAGUCAUUUGCUCUUUGUAUGGAAGGGGAUGUUGUUAUAGUAUGAAUUAUGGAUAAAAUGGGUGUUUUAUAUGUUAAAAAGUUUGUUUUGAGGCGAUAAACUGGCAAAUAAACCUAUCUUUAGUUUUAAAAUGACCAAGACUUACUUUACUUUUUUGAUUUAUACCCGGUUGAAUAUCAAAAAACUCGAAAAUAUUAAUUUUAUGCCAAAAUACGAUAACUUCUCGCAAUAUCUACCACACUUUUAUAAAUUUACCACAAUUUGUAACACGAUACGUUUCAGUGAAAGCAUCCGCGACCUAUUCACCGUGCCCGGUUUGAAGGAGGGUUCGUUUAAAUUGAGGCGAGCGACACAAUCAGUUAACGAGAUUGUCGCUUCAGUCGGCGGAGGAUCUUUUGGCGGCUACUUUACCGCCCUAACCAGUCAAUUUGUAAGUUUUAAAUCUCGGGAUGGAAUCAAAAUUGUUUUUAUUGGCUUUUCGAGGUUUAUAAUUUCACGAAAAUGUUUAUUUUUUAAGUUUAGGUAACAUUUUAUGAGUUUAGGUAUUGUUUUUAAAUAUUUAGGUAACAAUUUUGGGACUUGGGUAACAUUUCUGAAUUUUUAGGUAACAUUUUAUCAUUUUAGGUAAUAUUUUUUGUUUUUAACAACUGAAAAUCAAUUUUUCUUUCAGGACCAACUGAUUUCCUUGAUCGAACGUUCUGAUCGUAUCCAUUUCAUUCACUGCCUUCAAUCGGCCGAUACUCAAAUGCAUCGGACUGAACUGCUGGAUGUCGGUCUGGUCCGGGCUCAGCUUCGUGCUGGUCUUCUGAUCGAAUCAAUCAGAUCGUCGAACAGAGGAUACCCAGAGAGAAUGCCGUUCCGUGAUUUCAGACGACGCUUCCAAUGCUUAGUUAAGGAGAACUACAGUAGUGUCAGUCUGAGUGACACUUUGGAUGAUAGGAGUGCUGUUAAGAAGAUCUUCGAGAAAAUGCAAAUUUUCGAGCAUCGCUACAGAUUAGGUAUCUCUCAGGUGCUGGUGAGGUCAGAUGUGGUGGCCGAAUUGGAGGAGAAGAGAGAUCUUUGCUUGUCAGGUAUGUUGUAGUUGAUAGAAAAGUUGUAGUAGGAUAGAAAAGUUGUAGAUUUGGAUUUUGUUGAGUAUUUGGUCGAAAAGGUUGUAGAAAUAUGGUUAGUGUUUAUGACUAGGUGGACAAAAGAUUAUUUUUUGUUUCUAUUAGGUUGUCCGGAAAGUUCUGCAAUAUUUAUUCACUUUUGAACUAACAAUAAUAACAAUAUAAUUAACAACUACAAUAAAUCAAAGUAAUUACCGUCUGAAUCAAUACAGUCUUGCCAACGAUUUACAAGCUUUUUUAUUCCACGAUUGUCGAAUUCCGGGUUUCUGGAGUUGAUGAAGUUCUUGAAGGCAUUCUUGGCAUCGUCUGGAGUUUUGAAGAUUCUUCCAUUAAGAAACGAAGACAAGUGUUUAAAAAAGGUGAAAGUCCGUUGGAGCCAAGUCUGGAGAAUAAGGAGGGUGCUCCAAGACUUCGUAUCCCAGUUCCCUGAAUUUUGCCACGGUCUUCUUUGCAGCAUGGGGCCGUGCGUUAUCCUGCAGAAUGAUCGGACCCCUCCUUCUGACCAUUGUUGGAAGAUUGUGUCGCAGUUUGUCAAUCUGGGCACAGUAGGUGUCGGCCGUAAUACUUUGGCCAGGCUUCAUGAAAUCGUACUGGAUCACUCCAGAGCUACACCACCAGUCAGUCACCAUAAGCUUCUUUUCGUGCAAUUCUGGCUUCGGAACGUGCUUAGGAGCUUCUCCACGCUUACACCAACUUGUAGAUUUUCUAGUAUUGUUAAACGAGAUCCACUUCUCGUCAAUAGUUACAAUUCGAUCCAAGAAUUCUUCGUUUUUGCAGCGUUGCAGAAGCUUUUCGGAAGCACAUCGUCUCUUGGCUUUUUGCAGAUCAGUCAAAUUGUGAGGCACCCAUUUGUCCAACUUUUUGACCAUACCCAUUGCCUUCAAAUGAUCACCAAUGGCACUUUUUCCACAGUUUAGUAACUCUUCUAACUCCCGGAUUGUAAUAUAUGGGUCAUCUUCAAUCUUGCGCUUCAGGGCUUCUUUGUCAAGUUUGCUGGGUCUUCCUGCACGUGGUUUGUCUUCAAGCUUCUCAUCGUCCACACGAAACUUUGCGAACCAUGGUCACCGUAGAAUAACUCACAACAUUCUUACCCUCAUUUUCGUUUAUGAUUCUGAAGGUUUCUGCCGCAGUAUUUCCGCGUUUGAAUUCAUUCCAUAUAAUCACGCGCAGGCGAGAUUUCUCCAUUUUUUUCUAAUACCUAAAACAAUACAAAAAAAUGAAAUUAAGUUAUGUAACUUACCUUUUUGAAUAAUUUAGGUAACAAACAAACAAACAAAAAAAGAAUUUUUUCUUUCCGUCAAGAAAUAAAUUUUUUCUGAUUUUUCAAAGUUUACCUACUCAAAUAUUGCAGAACUUUCCGGACAACCUAAUACCUACUUUUCGAUCAAAAAUAUGUUUCUACUUACUUUUUGAUCAAUUAUUUGCCAACCUUGACAAAAAUGCUUUCAAAGCGUCAUACUGUGUGUUGCAGGAGUAAUAGAAGCCUUCCAACGGGAAUGCCGUCUACAUUUGUCAAGAAGAUGGUUGGAGAAGAGGAGGAUACAAGAACAAGCUGUCACUUGUUUGCAACGGAAUCUAAGUCAAUAUCUGAAGCUGAAGGAUUGGCAGUGGUGGAAGUUGUUCGUCAGGGUCACACCACUACUUGGGGUUGCUAGGUAUGGCAACUUUUUAAAAAAUGCUAUAACAAAUGUUAUUCUAUCUCACUCUGCUUUACCUUGUCUUACCCUAACCUGACUCUUCUUACCUUAAAUUUACCUUGCACUGUCUUUCCUUACCUACCUCACCUUACUCUACGCUAUAAAGCAUUUUUACUCUCACUUAUCAAUUUUUAGCCUUAUCUUUCAAACUUACAGUACCACUUUUAGAGCUGAUGAGAAUGAAAAGCAAUGGAAACUUCAGAUUCAGAAGUUGGAAGGCCAGAAUUCGGAGCUGAAACAGUCCAGAAAUCAGCUGGACGAGCAGGUUAAGGACAUAGAGAACUUGUUGAAGGUAGAGUGUCAGACCAAUCAGAAUCUGGCCAACAGUUUGGAGAGGGAAGCGGCCCUGAGGGUCAGAUUGGACGGAGAGUUGAGGCAUCUCAAGAACAAACUCAACUUCAUAGGUGGGUUACUGUAA